AUGCACUUAGCUCGUCUCAAUCAUCCAGAUUCAAUCGAAUCAGGUAAGUUGAGAUACGUUUACUUGAAAACGGAUUAUGAUAAUGGUGAUCGUUAUAAGCCUAAGAAACAUCUUUCUUAUUUUGAGUUUAACGAUAACGAGGAUUGGAAUUAUGCAAAACCCAUUUAUAAAAAGAUCAAUAUCAAAACCAUUUGUGAAGCUUACAUUAUUAUUGGCUCGUUCAAUGGUUUGAUUUGUUUGUAUGAAACUCAAUCUUAUAUGCAUGAUGCUGGAGGACCUGCUAUUAUUUUUAACCCGGUGACAAAAGAAUACGUUUUUCUUCCAAAUUUUGUUACAUUUCCAGAAAGUUUAAGAUCGAUUAGACAUAUUCAUGAGGCUUGUGGAUUUGGUUACCUUGCUUCGACUAAUGAAUACAAAGUUGUUAGGUUUUACAAGGUUCGGGAAGCACCGAAAUCCAUAGAGGUCGAGGUGUACACUGUUGGAAGUGCUAAAGGAUGGAGACACGUUGGAAAGUUUGAUCUUGGUUUUAGAUUUGAGACACAUCCUAGGCAAAUACAUGGUGUGUUUCUGAAUGAAUGUCUUCAUUGGAGGAAUUGUGUAGGAGGAAUGGUUCUGGUGUUUGAUUUGGCCCAAGAAAAGUUUCGCGACCAUAUUUUGUUAGGGGUUCCCGGUGGGAUUUUAUAUUAUGCUGUUUUUCAAACCUUUGAAUGGGGUGACUUUGAUGAUGUAUGGUUGUUAAUGAAGACUAGUAAUGAUCUUGAAAUGAAAGAACAGGAAGAACACCAGUCGUGGGGUUGGAGUAAAGUGACUAGUCUUGAGCAAAGUGAACCGUUUGCCUUUAUGGAGGAAUUCGAAAUCGUUUUACGUUACGAUGAAGGCACUAUCAAAGUAAUUUAG